AUGGACUCGUCCGGUGUCCGCAGAAAAGACACCACCAAAGGCCCGCCUCUGCGCGUGCUCUCCCUCGAUGGAGGAGGCGUUCGCGGCUACUCGAUGCUCAUCAUCGUCCAGGAGCUCAUGCACCGAACCUUUGUCGAGACCGAGGGCCGCGCCCCCCGCCGCCAUGAGAUACCCAAGCCCUGCGACCACUUCGACCUCAUCGUCGGCACCGGAACCGGCGGCCUCAUCGCCCUCAUGCUCGGCCGCCUGCGCCUCGACCUCGAGACUUGCAAGGAGCUGUACGUGCGCCUGACGCGCAUGGUCUUUGAGACGGACAAGACCAUUGCCGGCAUCCCGUACCGGUCGACGCUGUUCAAGGCGAGCAAGCUCGAGGACGCCAUCAGGCAGUGCGUGCGCGAGCACACCAUCUUCGAGGGCGAGGGAAACGACGGCAACGUUGAUGAGGACCUCGUCAGCCCCCUCAACCCGGCACAGCGAUCCAGCGCCUACCCGAGGCGCCACUCGAGCAACGCCAGCACCGUUAGCUUUAGCGCGCGCAGCCCCGCUGCCCAGAUGGCGGCGCGGCCCGCCUUCAACUCAAGAUACGGAAACCCAAAUGCCAGACUGUACGAUUCGCGGGAAAGGAGGACCAAGACCGCCGUGACAGCAGUCUACAAGGGCUCGCCGCGGGGCUCUCCGCCUGCGAUCCUCCGUUCGUACGAUUCCCGACGAGAGCCGCCGCCCGAGUUUGACUGCAAGAUCUGGCAGGCAGGUCGAGCCACCUGUGCCAUCGGCCUGGCCUUUAAGCCCAUCCAAAUUGGCCAGUCAUGGUUUCACGACGACGGGGUGGGUACGUUUAAUCCGGCGCCCGAGGCGCUCGACGAAGCCGUGGUAAAUGAGUGGCCUGGCCGAGAGGUUGGGUGUUUUGUCAGUGUCGGCACCGGCAAACGGCCCAAGUCGAGCGACGCCAACCAGCAAAUGUGGUACGAGGGGUUCCUCGGGGAGUUUGCCGAGGCGCGAAGGAGAUUGAUCGCCAAGAUUGAGGGCUGCGAGGUUAUCCACGAAUACAUGAUGCGUGAGCACCUACCGCGACGGGGAGUCAACGCCGAAAACUACUACCGCCUCAACGUCGAGAUUGGCGUGGGCGAGUUUGGCAUGAACGAGUGGCACCGGCUCUCCGACAUUAGCACGGGAACACGGCGAUACAUGGCUCGAGAGGCAGAGCAAAAGAUGAUUCAGGGCAUCUCGACCAAGCUGGCCAAGAUCCUCAAGGCCAAGAUACGCUGGGAGCGAGCUCAGCAAGGCAUCCCGGAGCUGGUGAAGUCGACAUCGGCGACAAACUACGAAAUGCCGCUCGCGGUGGAGCUACCCGGGGACGUCCCGACGUCGUAUAUCGUGCCGCCGCACAGCCCCAUGAGUCGGUCGUCGUUUGAUUCGGGCCCAGACAGCCUACAGGUCGGCAAUUACCCCGCGUCGCCAAGGAGCUCUCAUGACCGGAUGCGCCCCGUGUCUGCGUGCUCACGAACGUCUCCCCCUCCGGCGAUGACAGACCGCCCUCUGCCGCCGCCGCCCAUGGGCAGCCCGUCGCCUCAUGGGGACGAACCGGACCGGCUCCUCGUCUCGGCACCGUCGCCUACGCAGUAUCGAAACGCGUCCGGGGCGGACAAGAUUGCCAUCAUGAGCCCCGACGAGCACCCGCGGCCGCCCUCGAUGCACCAGGUGGUACCGCCCGCCACGAGGAUCGAGCCGCCGCCGCUGCCGCCCAAGACGCCCCUCCCAGACAGCAAUCAGCAGCAGCAUCACCACCACGGCAGGGGCCCGAGAGUACCCACGCCUCCGUAUCCGCUGGACGACGAGGCACCGCCGCCGCCAGUGAACAUGGCGCGGAAACCCGACUACCGCGGGCGGUAA